UUUCUCUGCUGAUACAGAGAGCAUGCCUGUUUCUGGCUUCUAGUGGGAUUUUUGUUUGUUUCAGAUGGAGGAACAGAUGACAGAUAGACUAAUCAGUGUUAGUUGAGCUGCUCCACUGAAUGAAUCCAAGCAACUCUGCUGCUUUCAGAAAUGAACAGCAGACCUUGCAAGAGCAUUUCAAUUCUGUUUUGAUGUAUGAAGCCCCAUUUUGAAACACUAUGUCUAAGGAAGCCAGUUCGGAGCAGAAGCCUUCUACAACAACAGUCAGUUCAGUUGUUGUUCAGGCUGGGGAUGCCAGUAUUGUUAUAGCUGUACUUAAGUGUGGAAAAUGGGUGAAGCUUCAGCUGGCUGAAUCAACACCAAAUUUAUUAGAAAUUGGCAGCAAUCAAGAUGAGACUAAAAAACUACUGCAAGACCAUGAAUUCCUCCUAGCUAAACUUAAGGCUUUGGAAGAUGAGGUAUGGGACCUGCUGCGUAAAGCAGACAAGGCUGCAGAAGAGGACAAAGAAAAGAGUCAGGUUUAUGAUGCCAUGGCAGAGACCCUUGGAGAUGCAUGGGAUGCACUCAUCAUUAUGUUAGAAAAGCGACAGGCACUUCUAGAGCUUACUUCAGUGUUCUUUGAAAAUGCUCUGGAGUUUGCUGUUAAAAUUGACCAAGUUGAAGAUUUCCUGAAAACUGUGCAAGCAUUUGAUAAUAUUGACUCUUUGAGAGAACUCCUUCUGCAACAAGACCUUCAUACAAAAGAGCUUUUGGAAAAGUCACUUGCACUUUUAAAUAAAAGCCAAGAGCUAACUGAAUUCAUAGAAGAUUUCAAACAUGAGGGGCCAAAUGUAAUUCCAGAGCUAGUCCAGGGAGCCCACAGCAGCUGCAUGAAGAUUGAUAAUCUCCUUGAAAUGUUACAAGACAGGAGACGGCAACUGGACAGAUUUCUUAAACGUCAGCGCCAAGGACUGGAGCAGGUUCUGCAAAUUUAUUUGUGGCACCAACAAGAGAACCAGGUAACCUCUUGGUACAAGACAAACAUCAGGGAUUAUUUUUACAAGCAAAGCUUAGGCUCAUCUCUAUCAGAAAAUGAAAAGUUACUUCAAGAACUUGAAGAAAUGGAUGUCAAAAUGAAAGAAUGGAGUUCCACUGUGGAACAACUGGAAGCUGAAGCACUUAAGAUCUUGCUUUCAGAGGACUACACAGAAAAAGAGCAUCUAAAGCUUUCAAAUCAGAAAAUCUGCCUGUUGAGAGAAGAAGCAUGCUCCCAUAUGGAAGAAAGGAAAGCCCUGCUACAAGAGGCCAAUGACUUCUUUCAUACUGCUGGCAAGGUACUUGAUGGUCUUGAAGAUAUUGAGAAUUACAUUAAAAUCUUCAAUUCAGAAGGCUUAUGUUUGCCUAUCUUGACAAUGAAGUACAAGGAAAUACAGGAAGCAAUUCAAGUUUGCACAAUGAGUGCCUUACAAAAGGGACAAUCUUUAGUUAAGAAAUCAGAUUCUCACAGCACUUGGGUGACAGGAAUUCAGAAAAUGAUGGAAUAUGUUAAAAAAAAAGUAGAUCAAUUACCCAGACAGUGUCCAGAUUAUAAAGAACUAACUUUGAAGAAACAACAAUGGAUUGCUUCACUUGAAGAUCAUCUAAAUAAGGUAUCACAGCUGAUUAAAAAAAUCACCCCGAUACUUGCAGUUGGUAUGGAGAUGGGUUCAUAUUUGUCUGAGUCAGAAAGAGUUUUGAACAAACACCUUGAACUGGCUAAAGAAACAAAGGAAAUUUCAUGUGAACUGGAAGCAGCUGAAAGAAUCAUGAAAGAUAUUGAAGAAUUUCAACCUGAGCAGGUGACACCUUUUACUAGCAGAGUUGACUUCCUGAAUGAAGAAGUGAAAAAAAUUGAAAACAAAAUUUGUUCAAAACUAGAAGUUCUUGAAACUUAUGUGGCCUUUUUAAAGUCAGCUAUGGAGGUGAAUAAUGAUAUUCAAAAUCUGAAGGAAUUCUAUAAAUCAGAACCAUUACAAACAAACAGGGAAGCUGAAAAUAAAAUUGUCAUGGAGUCAGCUAAUACUCAGUGGCAAAGGGCUAUAAAGAAGAUUUUUUCCACCCAAAAUAUGGGUUGCAAUUUUCUUGAUUUAGUAAAUAUGGUAAAUGAGAGUUCAAUAUUAAACGUGGAAAAAUAUGUACAAUUAACAGAAGAUACAAUUGUUAAUCUGAGUAAAGAAAAGAAAGAGCUGACUGAGCUUUGGGCAAUCUGGAAUUUUAAAAUUACUCGAGUAAAACCUGCCAAGCAGCAGAGCCAAAUAUUUAAAGAACAGCUGAAAACUACUACCAAUGGAUUAAAGAUUAUGCAAGAGUCACUUCAGUUUACAGCAACAGUUGACCUUGAAACUGACCUUUUGAUUGUUUUGGAACUACAAGAAAAGCUUAACCACAUGAAACCACAGUGUCAGCAACUGAAUGCUGAGCUUGUGUACCUGACUAAAUUAUUAGAAUUGCCAAGCCAGAAAGGAUUUUCUGUGAAAGAGAAUUCUGAGGGUGUAAGUGAGCUUAUUCAUUUCCAUCAAACAGCAAAGGACACAAUGACAAAAUACAAUGAGAUUUUCAACAUGACAGUCAAAUUCCAUCACAUUAAAAAUGAACUGGGACGUCUAUCAAAAUCAGGAGAACUUGAUAUUCCUGAAAUAUGUGAGAACCCUGAAAAUGUGCACCAUGCUAAAGCCUACCUUGUGAAUACUCAGGAGAAACAUGCACAUAUCAGACAGCUAUAUAAACUUAUUAUUACCCAGGGAGUAGAUAUCUUGUCUGCAGUGCAGCAAUCUAAUUGCUUGAAUGUUUCUGUAAAGAACCUGAAGCAAGAAAUUGCUAGAUUUGAGUGCGAUAGCAUUAACUGGAGCUCCAAAGCCAGUAAGUAUGAGGAAGAACUGUCACAGCAUUUCCAGCACUGCACCACUCAAGAGGAGAUAAAUGAGCUUGGAGAAACAUUUAAGGAUCUCAAAAAAAAAUUCAACAAUUUGAAGUUUAACUAUAUUAAGAAGAGUGAAAAAGCUCGAAAUAUGAAAGUACUUAAGAUACAGAUUCAGCAAGUUGAUACAUAUGCAGAGAAAAUGCAGGUUCUUAAAAAGAAGAUGGAUAAUUUAGAGAAGAAAGUCAUUGGCUAUGUAGAAAAUGAAUUUAAUGUUAAAUCUAGAGUUCUCUUGGGGUCAAUCAAUGACUUAAAAAAACAGCUGAAUGACUUUAGCAGAGUUGUGGAUGAUUACAAGAAAAAUCUGGAUCUCAUGGAGCAUCUACAACAGAUGAUGGAAGAGUGUCAUUUUUGGUUUGACGAUGUGAGUGCAACAGUUGUUAGAGUUCGCAAGUAUUCUGCAGAAUGCCAAACUAAAGAAGCAAUAGAGAGUCUCUACAAGCAAUUCAAUAAGUUCAUUGAGCCUACAGUGCCUCAACAAGAAGAAAGAAUUCAGCAGAUUAUAGACCUUGCUGAGCAGUUAUAUGGUAUUGAGGAAGGAGAUAAGCAUGUUGAAAAAGCUGUAUUAAAGUAUAAAGAAAUAAUUCAUUCUGUUGAUGAGUUGUACAGAUCUCUGAGAGAACUUAAGGAGAUUAAGAAAGCUGAAUUUUCCGAAGAGUUGGUUACCGUUCAAAAAGAAGAAAGAAAUGGUCAAGAAGCAUGUGAGGCUGUUAUUAAAGACAGGGAAGAGGAACAAAAGCAGCAGGAGAGGAAUAAAUCGGCUGAUAUCCCAGUUAUCUGCCCAGAUGGUGAGGAUCUUGUUUCACAGGAUACAGAGCUGUCAUCUUCAGCCAAAGAGGAUAGUUUACAGACUGAAUUCCUGGCAGAAGAAAUACCCUCCGGAGAUGAAUAUGAGUGUAUAUCACCUGAUGAUAUCUCUUUGCCACCGCUUUCUGAGACACCAGAGUCCAACCUCUUACAUUCUGAAGCAGAGCUAGAAGAGCAGUGCUGUGGUAGUUCUCACAGUCUGCAUGUCAAUUCCUGUAGCUUGCAAAUGCAGAAAACUGCUAGCACUAUAAAAGUGAUGGAAGCAUCUGAUCUUUUAACAAAUUCUGCUUAUGCUGGUGCUACAAAUAAUCAAAUGGAAAGAUUAUCAGAUCAGUUUGAGAAGUUUUAUAUCUCUUCCACAGAUUCUGGUCAGAAAGUCAGAGAAAUAUCUCCUUUGACUCGCAACUUAAAAGGAGUAUCUGAAACUAGCACUGCUUCCUGCACUGUAACUGCCAACCCAGUAUGUAGCGUGAUGAGUGAAGUGUGCAAAACACAUUUGCAACACCUUGAACUCCAUAAAAGCAUGGCAGAUACACAAGAACAAUUGCAUGACUUGAAUAACUGUACUAAAACCCAGGACAGGCUGCAUGCUUUGCCUGAUGCAUUCUCAGGUUUUGUGUUUCAAUCAGACGCCACCAGAAGCUGUCAGAGGCAGAUGGUCACCCAAGAAGAGAUUAAAAGUUCAUCAGAAAAGAACAGCAUGGCCAGCCUAACUGGACAGGUGCCUAACUUCUCCCAGCUUCUGUCUAACAAAACCGUCAUGGAAGGUUCUCCAGUAACUUUGGAAGUAGAAGUAACGGGAUUCCCAGAGCCUACUCUGACAUGGUACAAGAAGGGCCAGAAAUUGACUGCAGAUGAGCACUUAAAGCUUUUUCAAAAGGAGACAAAGCAUACUUUGUUCAUUCAGAAGGUGUGUGACAAAGAUGCUGGCCUCUAUGUUGUACGGGCUAAAAAUUUGAACGGCACUAUCUCAUCAAGUGCCAUUCUCCAUGUGAAAGUACAGGGGAAACAACCAAGUUUCAUACAAAAAUUUGGACAUAAAACUCUGCAAGAAGGAGAAGAUUUAAUCCUUCAUUGUACUAUACAGGGAAAGCCCAAACCACAUGUCUACUGGAUGAAGAAUAAUAUUCAAGUGGUAUCUGGAGAUGUCAGUAUUGAGAAAUUAGGAGAUAACUAUUACCUUUUAAAAAGAAAUGUAGUCCUUGCGGAUACUGGGGAAUACAUCUGUGUUGCCAGCAAUGAAAUUGGAAAGGCACGCUGUUCUGCUUUCGUAACAGUGAUAGAGAAAAGUAAACCCCCAGAAAUUUCUACUGUAACUCAGGCUAAAUCAGAAUGGGAAGAUGGAUACUCUUCCGAAGAAGUAAAUGUCGCCACAACUGAGUUACUACAAGCCCAUGGCGCACACAGCAUUGGACAUCAAAGGCCAGUGGCUAAACACCACCCAGUAAGGUUUAAAGAGAAACUCUGGCUUCAAGGAGUGUAUCUUGAACUUGAGAGGCCACUAGAGGUUGGCUUCAAUUUGGAACAUGAUCUCAUUCUUUUCCUGCCUGCUGCACAGGAUCAGAAGAUGGACUGAAGUGCAAGAUGCCUAAUAAAUGAGGGUGUCAUGUUCUUUGCUGUGUCCUUUAGUAGAUACUUGC